CAAACAGCAGGACCAAGGGGACUGAUAUCGUGGCUGCCUUUGCGAAUGCAUUGCGCAAGCAGGGGAGAAUAUGCAUCAGGCGCACAGAAACCCCCCGGCACUUCGACAUUCCACCACCACCUCGACAUUCCACCACCACCAGAGAUCCCCAAGACCCACAUGGACAUGUUCGGCGUGGCAGGGCCACAGACUCGCUCAUGUGUGCCCAAUCAGCCACCUUCUCGGUUGCUCUCGCCAGCCCGCCACGAUUUGCUCUCGCCGAGACCGAGAAGGGCUCCCAGCAAACCAGCCCCUCUUUGUCGGCAUCCACCAGCACCGCCUCCAUCUCUCGCCCUUUUCUUCCUCACGAAACCCUCAACUCCAGCACAUCCCCGGGGCCAGCAUGUCCGACGAAUUCACCAACGUCAUCGACGAGGAGAACGUCGACGACUCUCCUCGAAUCCUUCUCAUCGGCGCCGGCAUCUCUGGCUUUGCCCUGGCCCUGUCGAUUCGACAUGCCUCCCGCAUCACCCAGUCACCCGUCGAGGUCCACAUCUAUGAGGCGCAAUCGACCUUGGCUCCGCAGCCCUAUGGCUUGACUCUCUGGCGGUGGGCCAUCGAGCUGCUCCGAGAGCUUGGCUUGCUGACCCGUCUCGAGAAGGUAUCUGCUCCCAUCGUCUCGUUCAUCGCCAACGACGAUGAGACCAGGGAGACCCUCGUCCACUGGAAGGCCACCGACCCCGUCGCCAGCACCCCCGACAGCGGUGUCGGCGAUGUCCGCCUUCCUCCCAUGAUGGGUGUCACCAAGGACAACCUCCUUCGCCUCCUCGUCAUAGCCUACGCCGGAGUCAGCUUUGACGACUAUCCCGCGCAAGCGCCACCGAACUGGUUCGAGACCGAGGGCUGGGCCGCCAAGAUCCCCAACUUGCAUCUCUCGCACACCCUGGACUCGUUCCUGAUCUCUUCAUCGACCGGCGUUGUGACGGCGCGCUUCACGAACGAGAGCCUGCAGAACGGCACCAUGCUUGUUGGCUGCGACGGUGUCAACUCCAAGGUUCGCAGCCUGCUCUGCAACGACCACUUCCCGCCCCAGCCGGCCGGUGCGUGCGUCAUCAGCGGCCUCGUCAACACCACAAACCCCGAAUUGAACCGAGAUGUACCCACCAGACUCGAGGACGGCCGCCUGAUCCCGGACCUGCUGCCGCACGAAGUCCAGCGAUAUGUCGGCUCGGGAGUCUCUCGCACCGUCACCGGCAAGGGCACUGCCUUUGGCGUCACCAACAUCGGCGAGGGUGUCUUGGCCUGGAACCUGGUCGUCAGCCAGGCCCACCCCGGUGCCCAGCUCGAGAACUUUGUCAAGGCUGCGGGUCUGUCUCUUGGAUCGACUGGAACCCUCCAGCCCCUCAGCCACAACGCGAAUGUAAGACGCACUGCCAUCCGAAACGUAUGUUCCCAACCCUUCCCUUCCUUUCCUAUCCUACCCUGUAGCUUCCUCGGGCAUCCUUGGGUGUCGUCUGCACAGCGUAGUCCUGCAUUGCUCUGGUCAUGAAGUGUCCCGUCGGCCAUUUCGGAUUGGGGGAGGGGACUGGAUGCAUCCGGCUCCCUCGCGUAGCAUAGCCGUGACGACGAGACCGUAGCGACAAGUGCACAGUAU